AUGGUUUCAUCACGCAAACGGACCAUCCAAGAAACUGAUGACCACCUAGAAGAGCCCACACUACUUCAUCGCAUUCGAAAUCAGUGGCAGUUUGCCAACCUAUGUCAAUGGAUUUAUCUUUUCGGCAAGGUUGUCAAGAUAGACGAUAGUCUAGACACCGAGGACAUCGAGACUGAAUGCCUCAAACCGAAUGCACCCGUGCUCCAAGACAUUGGCCUAGCUCUUCUGAAAUUCAUCUCGUCACAUCGAGGCUUGACGCACGAACUAUUCGACGAGUAUACGAGGCGGCAAUACACAGCUAGGGCCCCUGAGAAAAACCCAUUCGGUGCAGAAGAGGUCGCUGCGAAGUUCGCCGACUUCGACGUGUCAAAGAAGAUCCGGAUUCUCCAGCAAUUAACACAAUGGGUCAUGGUUCGCCCCGAGCGUGUCAGAGAGAAGAUGGAGGAACAGAAGGACGUUGAUCAAGCCACCUGGCGGAUAGAACCCAUUGGCUGGGACAGAGACGACCGCACCUACUUUGUUCUCGACGACAACCGUGUGUAUCGCCUUACCGAUGCUCCACCGAAACCAGUCACCCCCAGAAAGAGGUCCAACAAAGCCAAGUAUGGCUCUAGGUCCAACAAAAGACGGCGCGUUUCUGCAGCAAACGUCACCGACAACCUGGAUCAAUCUGCGAAUGACCCCGAAGAAUCUACCCCCUCUGCGCCGGAGGAAGACGGCCUUGGUGGCAUGAAGUGGGAGUGCCUCGCUGUCACACUGGAAGAGGUACAAGUGCUCAUCGCAUCAUUUCUCAAAACCAAAGACGACAACGAGAAGGUAUUACGCGACUCGCUGCAAGAGCACUUGCUACCCAUUCUAGAGAAGCAGGAGGAAUCGCGGAAACGCAAGGAGCAACAGCGGGAGAAGGAACUGUUGAACCUCGCCAAGAUGGCAAAUGCCAAGCGGUCGAGCCGAAUUGCUGGCAAGGUUGAGCUGCAAAAGCAAGAGGAGAAGGCCAAGUCGGAGGCACAAGUCCUUCACGCCCAACAAGUUGCUGCGCGCAAAGAGGAACAGCAGCGGCUCAGACUCGAGAGAGAGCGUGACUCGAGGCUGCUAUCCCGUGAGAAUCGCCUCAAGGAUCGGGAGGCUCGUCGCUCACAACACGAAAGGGAGCUUUCGCAACUUUCCGAGGAUAAUCGCAGUACCUCGGGCCGUGCGUCAGAACGGCGACUGCAAGCCGAGAUUGAGAAAAACAAGCGUGCUCUCCGGGAGCUUGACGAUGAGGAUGAGGAGGACGACUGGAUCUUCGAUUGCAUCUGCGGCGUUUAUGGUCAAGUUGACGACGGCACGCAUAGUAUUGCAUGCGAGAAAUGCAAUGUCUGGCAGCACAGCAAAUGUGUGGGCAUCAGCGAGACGGAGGCUGAGCGGCCAGAAUUCCAUUUCGUCUGUCAGACGUGCAGGCGACGUGAAGAGGAAGCGGCUGUCAGACCGCGGACGACAAUUAAGCUGAAAGUCAAUCGCACAGGCGGCUCCUCAUCACCGCCGAAUAACCACCUUCUGAAAGCAUCUAGCUCGGAGACUUUCUCCAGCAAGCUGACGGUCGGGAUAUCCGUGCUUCCGCGGCCGGCAGAGGAGCCGGUCGAUGCGGGCAACACGGAGGCUCAGCAAGCAGGUCAAGCCGAUGUUCAGGCCGCUGAACACGGGACUAUCCCUCAGGAUGGCGGAUGUGCCACGAACGGCACUCAGGCCGUCUCUGCGGCUGGUCCCUCGGGGCCGUCAAAUCCAGCCAGCGGUACACCGUCAGCAAAAGGGGCUAGCCCCGAGCCCACGACCCCCAAGGCAGAUGAGAAGUCUCGUGGCAGGGCUGCUCUGUUUUCCAACAUGGAGUCUCUCCCAGACGGCAUUGAUGAAAUAUCCGCCAGUCCCAUGCGUUCAGGAGCAACGCCUGGCCCCCUUGACGCCUCAUCUCCCAGGCCGGGAGGAUCUAGCCUGAUGGCCACUCCCAUCAUCAGUCGCGAACACGGUGUUCCCGGCUCGGCACAUUCGUCAUUUACAUUGCCCUCCGCGGAGGCGGGACUCUCCCCAACCAAGAACUCCCCCCCUUUGCCCCGUCCACAACCACCUAGCGUCAAAACGCCGGCCCUACCUGCUAUCCUACCACCCAUCGCGACGUUGUCACCAUCUCCGCGUCAGCAAAUUCUGACCCCCCCAAUCAAGUCAACGGAGCCGGCCCGACGUUCACAACAGCCGGGGGCGAAUACUGGUGCUCUUUAG